AAAUCACCAGCGGGACUAUUUGCUUUAACUUAGCGGGCUAACCAUCUUGUCAACUACUAUUUCACAUUUCCUCCCUAUUUUACUGUCAAAACUCCGCACUGGUGAUGUCGGAGUCCUACGAUUUCCUGUUUAAAUUCCUGGUGAUUGGGAACGCUGGAACGGGUAAAUCCUGUUUGCUGCACCAGUUCAUAGAGAAGAGAUUUAAGGAUGAAUCCAACCACACAAUUGGCGUGGAGUUUGGCUCUAAGAUCAUCAAUGUGGUCAACAAAAUGGUCAAACUGCAGAUUUGGGACACCGCAGGACAAGAAAGGUUCAGGUCUGUGACCAGGAGUUACUACAGGAGUUACUACAGAGGAGCAGCAGGAGCUCUGCUGGUCUAUGAUAUCACAAGUCGUGAGACCUACAACGCUCUGACCACAUGGCUGAGUGAUGCCAGGAUGCUGGCCAGUCAGAACAUCGUCAUCAUCCUGUGUGGAAACAAGAAGGACCUGGACGCAGACCGAGAGGUCACGUUCCUGGAGGCUUCCCGCUUCGCUCAGGAGAACGAGCUAAUGUUCCUGGAGACCAGCGCUCUAACAGGAGAGAACGUUGAAGAGGCCUUUGUCCAGUGCGCUCGGAAAAUCCUCAACAAGAUAGAGUCAGGGGAGCUGGAUCCAGAGAGGAUGGGUUCAGGUAUCCAGUACGGCGACGCUGCGUUACGACAGCUUCGUUCUCCUCGCCGUGCUCAGCCUCAGGGCACCCAGGAGUGUGGCUGCUAGUGGACGCGCCCAGUAACGCACACAGACAAGUGUGUUUCUGACGGGCUUUUGAAGACCAGAAGAAGAACAGCUACGGGGGACCCAGGGUUCAGGUUGCUGUGAUGGUGACUCCUCUCUGACCUUUGACCUUUCACACCAAUCUUCAGACCCUUCAGAACCUUUGUUGUCAUGGCUGCACCUCCCAGCCCCCCUCAGAACUCUUAGCAUCUCCAAGGUAACCACAGACAGCCCACCCUUCCACAUUCUGCUCCACUAUUGGACCAGUGCUUUCCCAGUCCUCCCAUUAGGAUGUUCAUUACUGACAUGUAUGUAACUUCUCUCUCUCUAUCUCUCUCUCACCUUUCUUUUAAUCUGCCCUCACACCUGCUAUCUUCCCAGCUCAGUACAUCUUAGUUUUCCCCCCAUAACUAUUCCCAUCUAUCUUCCAUCUGGAAUACUUAAAAGACCAGUGUGUAAGAAUAAGGAAAAUCUAUUGGCUAAAAAAAAAUAUAUAUAUUUACAUUUUUGUCGUUUACAAGUCCUUUUCAUCAUUUGGUUGCAAUCUGCAACCUUAAAUCUAGAUGCCACUUAAUCCUACACACUGGCCCUUUUUAAGGAAAAAGUAAAGAAAAAUUGUAAUUUAUUUUCUUUUGCGUUAAAGUUAAACAAACAAGAAAUAACGUGUAAGAUUAGAAAGCUUUUAAGGUGUUGGUAGGUGGAUUUUUAAAUUUUGGAUCCUGGUCCCCUUCUUUGCCUCCUGGCCCCAGAUUAAUACUUCAUACAUAGACAUGAGGUAUCCAUUUUCUCUCAUAACUCUUUACAUGAAAACAAAUUGUUCACUAUUUCUUUAACCACAUGCAUAUCUUAAACCCUCCCCUACUAUGGAACUGCCCUUUGCUACCCACCUGUUCUGAUUGUCUGUUAACUACCUGUUUUAAACACACUACAAACAGUCUGCUGAUUACAUUUUGCACUCCCUGUAUCCCUUCUUAAACACUAACACUCCCAGUAAAGUGUCUCUCUGGAUCUCUUCCGUUUCCCUGCAGCAUCUUGAUCACUGUACAGUGUUUUCUGUAUAUAGAGACUGACGCAUGUUUUCUCAAACAGAAUAUCAGAGUAUUUCAUUAUGAAGAGAUAUUAUAUGUAUAUUAAAGUAGAUAUCAUAUCCAGCAUCUGUUUUAUGCUCAACUGUAUUAAUAUCAUGAUAAGCCACAAUACACUGGCAACAAGCAGUAUAGAUGGUAGUACUGUUUGCAGCAAUUAUGUUUAUUUGUAAAUGAAACAAACUGAUGUGGAUGACAUUAUGGAUUUACAUGUUUAUGUGAGAAAAUGCUGGUUUAUCAUUGUCAAGCUCAUAGAUGGUAAAAAAGAAAAACUGAAAUAUUAUGAGUGAUGGUUAAUUUAAAUCAUUUGGAGUGUGAAAGUCAUAUGUCAUCUUUUAAUUUACAGUGGCAUGUUCAGCAUUUAUCACUCAGUUAAAUGACUAGUGUGACAGUGAAACUCACUCCUUUAUCCAAAAGAUUCCAAUAGUGACUGAUCCCUCUCAUUUAUUAAUGAUGCCUGUUUACAUGAAUGCCUCACUGACUGCUGCCAGAUCUGGGGUAACACUAACUGAAUGCAUUUCAAUUUUUAGCAAUGUAUGAAACUAUCUGAUGUGUGUUUUGAUUUUUAUUUGUCUCCAAAGAUACUUUAUGUUCUGUUCGGCCACAUGAAGCUGUCGACACAAAACAAUUCAACUGGGGAAUUUUUUGAAGAAUUAGAUUUAGGUGUGUUUUGCAUUGGUGUAUUCAAGCAUAACAUCCCAUUUAUAUUUUUAAUAUUUAUAACAUUUUAGACCCUUGACAAUUAAGCAUUAAACGUUUGAAUCAAGCACACUUCAAACGAUAGAAAUAGUUAGUAUUAGAAUUCAUCUGAUAGUGGCUUUGGCUGCUCCACGUCAGGUCGCCGUGUUUAUGAUAUCAAGUCCUUUGUCUAUUUAUGUUCGUCUGUUUUUCUCUUGUCAUUAUGAAUAUCAUGGAUUUUUAAUUUAUUGUGUAUGAUGAAAGCAUAUGUUUUGAAAAUAAAAAGUACAACAAAUAUGUCUUUGAAAAGCA